AAUCUUUGUAUUUACUGGAAGAAAACAAACGAAGGAAGAUCGGUGUCAUGGAAGGGUUAGUUUGAGUUGUUUCUCGAUGCCUUUGUUUCUGAGUCUUAUGCCCUCUGCUGAAGCUUCAUUUUGUUAAUGUUGUUUUCAGGUUAGACAAGUCAGUGGCCGAAUCAAAUGAGCUAAAGUUUCGAAAUUGGUACAGUGUCCAGCAUUCCUUUAUUUUGUUAUUUUUAUUUGGGGUACCUAAAUUCCUGGGUUUUUGUUUUGCAGAUCAGGAGCCUGCAUUCGUUUAUGACUGACUUGGAAAAAGGUCAGCUAUCUAUGAAAUGGGAGUUGAAGGAUGUUAUUAACGAGUUGAGGACAACAGUGCAGUCGUUUAGGGACCUGUUGAUUGGGAGGUUUGGUGGGAACUCUGAAAUUGGCAGAAAAGUGAAGAAUGACGAUAAAGUCAAAGUUGUGAACUUAAGCUUGGAUAGCUCGUUUUCCUUGGCAACAAGGAGUAAACAUGAGACGAAAAGCACAGUCAGCAGGAGAAAGGGGAAAGCGGUUAGAAAGUCUCCAAUUAGGUUGCGGAGUCCUAUUUGGACCCGGAAAGAUCCCGAGAGGACUAAUGCCAAAAUAAAGGUGAUCGGCCCCUUCAUCACUACAAAGUCCCUAUCAAAAAGGGAUCAGUGGUUGAUCAGCCACGUUUUUUAUCCAUUCAAGGAUGAAAGUGAGAGGCUGCUUAGAUCUCCAUGGUUUCAUCUAACCCGUGGAGAGUUUAAGGUAUUAGUGCCGGAAAUACCAUUGUCUACUCAGGUGAUAACUAUGUGCGUUGACUUGUUAACGGUGCCGGAGUUGGAAAAUGAAAAACCUAUGAAUUGGUUCUUACCACCGGCAUUUGCUGUGGCCUAUGCAACUGGAGAUCGCGUUUUUGCUUACCCUGAGAAAAGAAUUAAAACAGUGUACUGCUCUGGGGACUUCAAUGAUUGUGAGAAGGCAAAGGAACUCGACUCGAUCUUAUUGGAAGCAGUCUUGAGGAGAUUCGAAGCCAAGAUGUUUUGCACUUUCACCAUCGUAGAGGUGGUUAAUGCCCCGCGGCAAGAGAAUGGGUUCGACUGUGGGUUGUUUGUGUUGAAGUUGAUGACAUGUGGGGGACAUUUGGAUGAGUGUGCCCGGGGACUGAAGAAGAAGUUUGACAGUGAAGAGGAGAGGCUUGGUCUAGCUCUGUACUUGUUGAACAAUAUGGAGAAUACGGAGCGUGAUGCUCUCCAUCAGAAGGUACUCAUGGAAAGUGUUAGUGGAGGUGAUUCUGUGGAGGGCGGUGUGGAAUGGAGUGGGAAUCCUGAAUAAUUAGGGAAUGGCAAGACACUAAGAUUUUGAUGUAUUUUUUUUCCCCAAACAAUCAAAGAACUAGAGCAGUUUCUGCUAGGUGUUUUUGUUUUUGUCACAUUUUGCUUUUGUUCCUAAACGAUCGUUACUGCAUUGGAAUUUCCAAAUUUGAUUUUUGUUUGCUCGUAGAAUCGUUGUGUUGUAUUUGUGCUUGUUAUCGUUGUUUGUAGCUACGAUGGCAGCAGUUCUCCAUGGUUUAUGGGUAUGUUGUCCAACUAGAGAUCGACUUCAAGGAGUAUUUGAGCAAUAAAAGAAAAGCAUUCUG